GUCCGUGAUACAAGCAAGGAUAAAAAAACAAGAACAUUCAUCUUUGGGGUCAAUGGAUGUAAUUUCCUAAAAUUUGAAUCGAGGGAGUAUUUUUUGUGACCCAGUUGAGUUUUGUUAUUAACCUAGUUAUUAUAUACGCAGAGUCAAAGACCCAUCAGAGACUUUAGGAAAUCCAAGAAAUGGAAACGGGAGUGAUAGUUGAACUGCAGAGAAACUCACCACAUUGGGCUAAGGUAGUUAACGAAAUAGUGAGAAUAGAGAAGAAGAUUUUCCCUAAACACGAGUCAUUGGCUCGAUCCUUUGAUGAAGAACUCAGAAAGAAGAACAGUGGGUUGCUGUACACCCAAGUAGGUGCAGAUAUUGCUGGUUAUGUCAUGUACUCUUGGCCUUCUUCCCUUUGUGCUUGCAUCACUAAAUUAGCAGUGAAAGAGAAUUACAGGGGACAAGGCCAUGGAGAAAAAUUGCUCAAGGCGGCGGUGCAGAAAUGCAGAACAAGAAAUGUUCAUCGGAUAUCACUUCAUGUAGAUCCUACAAGGACUCCAGCAAUGCAGCUAUACAAGAAACUUGGUUUUCAAGUGGAUACUCUUGUGGAGGGCUAUUACUCUUCAGAUAGAAAUGCCUAUAGGAUGUAUUUGGAUUUUGACAUGGAAUAGCAUAGUGAAAUAAGAGAGAACUUUUAUCUUU